CCUGGAACAGUCCUUUAGGAUACUUCAGAAGAUAGAGUAAGAGUGUCAUCAUGGCCAGGGACCCUUUCCCUUUGACCUCAGUGUGUCCAGCUUACCCUCUCUGGCCCUUCACGAGACUUACCCUGGGUGUCAAGCCAAGUGUGGAGCUCUACUGUGCCGCUCUCUCACUGACAUCUCAGUUGGUGCUGCACCUGGCCCAGUCAUCGCCGCAGGAUGAGGACUUCCUCUUUGAGAAGGGAGAUCUUAACCUGUGGGCUGAGUGUUUGUUAUGGGCACUAAUGUUGCACGGACACCUCUCUGCCCUUGUAAGAGUGACACAUUCACCUGGUGUAAUCUCUGCAGAACUGGACCGACUAUCAGUCAUCGCAAAGAGCAAUAACUUGGCGGCUCAGAGUUCGAUGAAGCCUUCUCUGCACUGCCCCAGUUUUCAGCCACCAUCGAGUAUGCAUAGAUAUCUGAAAGAGAGAACGUCACUGGCUCAGAAUCUUCUAGAUACACUUAGGUCUUCUUAGAUGACUGUGAAAGAUACAGAAAUUGAAAGUAGAGGUGCAUUAUGAAUCUAUUUAAAUCUCACGGUGGUUUUCCUCUUUGAGAGCUGAAUUGCAUGCAGGCAUGACCACAAGCUUUUUUUUAAUUCAAAUAAAGUUUAUUAUGUUCCUUUGACUGUGGGAUUAUUUUUAUACACUAAUGUGUGUAAGCGAUACUGAGAAUGAGAGGUUUUAUUCUCCUCAGUUGUGUUUUCAGGGUCAUGUUUUCACAUGUUGCAUUCGAGCAAGCUGUUGUAUUUUUAAUGCAUAGCGUAACAGUUUUUAGGACAAUCAAUUAUUUGGUUGCUCCUCCUGUGUGUUAUGCAAUCAGAGCAAAAUAGUCUGGUGUCCAUUUGCUAAGUAGACAGCUAGGCUGCCUUCAGGGGCUGUAAUAGCAAUGUUCCCCUUUUACUGUAAAAUGAUGUAAUGUUUUGG